GUACAUAGAACGGCGAUACCUAGAAACUUGGGGCACAAAAAGAGGCAGGAGAGACGUACGACAACAGAUAGGAACGGAGGAGAUGAUUACCACCUAUAUGUAUCUGCUGACUACAGAGCUACCCUGAGAGUGUCGUGUACGAUAGGCAUCCUCGCCAUGGGUCGAACGGGAUGCCCCUGAGCCGGUUAACCUCUGCACUGUUGAUUUUAAUCCGCUUGAACGUGAGCUCUGCCCGUAAGACGGAAUUGCCAAGCAGCCACACCGUGACCACCCCACGAGUCGCCAACAAUCGGCCAUACUACGAUCCUCUCCCCCGACGUUUUGCUUGUUGUAGACACGGUAACAGCUCAUCUACCUGGGAUAGACCCAUGAGAGGAAUCAUGAUUAAUAUGUCGUGCCAACGGGCCGGAAGCCGUGGACGAAUGGGUGUUUAGAACGGUAUACUGGCGAGGUUGGUCGGAAGAAGCAAAUGCGUAGAAUCGAGCACCAACAGCGACGCCACGGGGAAGGGUUGAUAAU